GGGCGCGAAGCGUUUGAAAGUUCGCGGGCGCUGCGCGGGAUCGGGGAGGAAGCGCGUCAAGUCGAUUAGAAAAGAACCGGAGAGUUAACUUCUCAGUAGUUGGAUGUGUAAAUGUACUGAAAAAUGGAGUUGCAGAUCCAGGAGUUCAAGGCACUGGCAGAUGAACUGAUGAUUAUCCUCUCUGGUUGUAAUGGGGAGGUGCAUCUGCAGAAUGCCAUGAAAUAUCAGACAAAAAUAGUGAAUACUUUCCUAGAUGUCGAACAGUGUGUGAAACAGCAGUUAAGAGUGAUCCAGCAAACGCAGGAACAUGUGGCACAGAAGGUUAUUGAAAUGGGAGAAGAAAGAGAGAAAAGUUUACUGGAGUUAAAGAAAAUUAAAGAAAAGUGGAACGAGACUGAGCAACAGAAUUUUAAGUCUGAAACUGAGCUUGCAUUGUUACAGAAAGAGCUGGAGGAGCUUGAAAAUUCUGAAAAGGAAAUUGCUAUAAUGGAAGAGGAGGUAGAUGAAGAUACAACAGUGAUUAUUCCAUCUACUAAGUACUUGGCUCACAUCUUCCACAAGGUUACGAAGAUAAUUUGGGACUAUGACUGUGAUCCUUCCCUUGUAAGAGGCGUCCACUUUGGAGCAGGUGUAGCACAGCCCAUUAACAUUGAUUCUACGAAGCACUCUGACAGUUUCAUAUGUGAUUACUUGUGGAGCCUUGUGAGCACGGAUUGGUAAAUUAUUUCCUGUGCGUGAAACUAUGAAUGAACUGCACGUUUUAAAAACUAAUUUCUGAAUGAAAUCUCCUUGAUUACGCGGUUUUGAUCUGGGAAAUAUAUUUUUCACCUUGGAGUUGACAAGUUGCAUCAAUGGAUAAUUUUGCAUGUGGUAUUUUGUAAUUCAUGCAUCAAUGUCCUAUAAGAUCUUCAUAAGAAAAGGACAAGAAGAUUGGUAUAGUUUAAAGAUGUGUUUUAUUGUACAGCAAAGUAACUUGGACAAUAUUUUCCCUAAGGGGGUGGUAGUAAUUGAAAAUUCUCUCAUCGUAUAACUAGUAGGAAUAAACCUACUACCACUCUCCAACAGUACUAGACUAUUGUAAAAUACUAUUUAUGUAUGUAUAUAUGCAAACUUUAUUACAAACUUUGAAAUGAUCUGUUCUUGUACCUUUGCAAACUCGAUCUCCAGUCCAACCUGAAUUUGAAACCCAGACACAUUUAUAGAUGAAACUUGACCAUAUUUGUUUAAGUAAAAAGCUCUGUGGUAAGGUAGUAGAAGAUGACACAAACUGAAAGCAUUAGUUCUGUAAUUUCUUAAAUAUUCUAAGCUUCCUUAUGCAUGGCUUGUCUCUACAUGUUUUUGUAAAAGUUGGCACAAAUGAAAAAAAACUCUCCCUUUUGAAAAACAGAAUAUUGAAAACAGCAAAGUUUGAUAUUAAAUAUCUUGUUUCAGCAAGAGAACUUAAGUUAGUGCAAUCUGGGUUUAUAAUUGGGUCUGUUAUGCUUUUUAUACGGUCAAGUAUUUCAAAGUUUAAUUGCAACUGUAUAUCUUCUAAGCUGUUUUAUGUUCGUGUUGAGGUUUUUUUCUAAUAAAGUCUAUUAAUGUGGUAGACACCUUAAUCUUUUGUGUUUGUAUAUCAUGUAUUUAAAUUAGUUUUGUAAAGGAGUUGCAAUCUAUUGGGUGAUAUCUCAAAUUCUGCUUGUGUUAAAUAAUCUGCUGUUCUUUGUUAGAUUCGGGAGUAAUGAAAUUAUGUGAGUAUAGCAGAUAUUCUAAUUACAAACAUUUGUAGAAUAAGGUCUCUCAUAGACAUAUAUCAUGAAAUUUGUUUUGCAACAGCAGUACAGUACAAUGCAUUAAAGUUACUGUAACUUACAUUAGGAAGUAUAAAAACAUAGUACAGAAUGGAAAUGUUGUAGUGUUUAUAGGUUCAUGCACCAUUCAGAAACUUGAUGGCCGAGGUAAAGAUCUCCCUAAAGCAUUGAAUGUGUGUUCUCGGGCUCCUGUACAUCCUCCCAGUUGGUAGUAAUGAAACGAAGGCAUGUCCUGAAUGGUUUAGGGUCCUUAAUGAUGGAUUCAGUUGCCUUGAAGAAUCCCCCUUUUGAAGAUGUUCUUGAUGAUGGCGCUAAUGCCUGCGAUGGAGUUGCAGUGAUUGCAUAAGUAGGCUGGGCCCAGAAUAGAUCCUCUGAAGUAAUCAGUUAAAAGGACAGCUUUGUAAACUAACAGCAUGGUCAACAGAGCACUACAGAUGACAGGCAGCUGGCCCACAGCAAGGCUGUGGUUGCUCAGAUAAGGUUUGUAAAGUGAAGUGGCCACCAGGUGUUCUUGUACGUGUCAGUCCGGUGUAAGACAAUGGAGUUAAUUUGCUGCAUCCAGCCAGGUACUAUGGCUCAGUCACUUUGCACCAUUGUGACUAGGUUCAAGGAAGUUUGCAAACCAGACCAAUAUAGUCACUUAGUGUAUUAAGUAUGGUCACAGGCAUUUUGUUCAAUCAAUAGUUGUGAUACUUGUGUACUCAAGAGUCGCAUUGAUUUUGGCUAUCUGGGAUCUCUGUAUCUUAAGCAAGUUAGUUUCUCCAAAAAAAAAGUGAUUGAGUCUUAACAAAGAAAAAUCUGCAGAUGCUAGAAAUCCAAGCAAAACACAAAAUACUGGAGGAACUCAGCAGGCCAGGCAGCAUCUAGGAAAAGAGUAAAGUUGACAUUUUGGGCCGAAACCAUUUGAAGAGCUUCAGCCUGAAAUGUUAACUGUACUCUUAGAUUCUGCCUGGCCUGUUGAGUUCCUCUUAUCUGUUAAAAUAUGUUCCUACUGUAAACAUGCAUUUCAAUGGAACUGUUUUCUUCACAAAAUACUGAUGUCAUUGCAGCUAUUGAAAUUGUAUUGAACCACCAACUGUUAGCACUGUCUUUGAGAAGACACAUCUUGUAAUUUCAGUUUGGGAGACUAUGGGGAGGAUCUCCAAGAGAAUUCCUGUUUGUGAUGAAUA